AUGAAGUUGGACGUAAAGAAGACAUUCAGCAAGAGGUCCAAUAGGGUCAAGGGUAUCGACCUUCACCCAUCCGAACCAUGGGUCUUAACUACUCUGUACUCUGGUAGAGUUGAAAUCUGGAACUAUGAAACACAACAAGAAGUUAGAAGUAUUCAAGUUACAGAUACCCCUGUAAGAGCUGGUAAAUUCAUUACAAGAAAGAACUGGAUUGUUGUUGGUAGUGAUGACAACAAAGUUAGAGUAUUCAACUAUAACACUGGUGAAAAGGUGGCUGACUUUGUAGCUCACCCAGACUACAUCCGUUCGAUUGCAGUCCACCCAUCUAAACCAUAUAUCCUUACUGGUAGUGAUGACUUAACAGUUAAGCUUUGGAACUGGGAGAAUGACUGGUCUCUGGAACAAACAUUUAAAGGCCACGAACAUUUUGUUAUGUGUGUUGCAUUCAAUCCAAAAGAUCCAAACGUUUUUGCAUCUGGUUGUUUAGAUCAUAAAGUUAAAGUCUGGUCUUUAGGCCAAUCAACACCAAACUUUACCUUACACACUGGCCAAGAAAAGGGUGUCAACUAUGUCGAUUACUACCCAUUACCUGAUAAGCCUUAUAUGAUUACUUCUUCAGAUGACACCACAGUUAAGAUUUUUGAUUACCAAACUAAAUCUUGCGUCGCUACUUUGGAAGGUCACAUGUCUAAUGUUUCAUUUGCUGUUUUCCAUCCAACGUUGCCUAUCAUCAUCUCUGGUUCCGAAGACGGUACAGUCAAGCUAUGGAACUCAUCUACUUAUAAACUAGAGAAGACAUUGAAUCUUGGUCUAGAAAGAAGUUGGUGUAUUGCUACCCACCCAGUUGGCCGCAAGAAUUGUAUUGCCUCUGGUUUUGACAACGGUUUCACCGUUUUGUCAUUGGGUAAUGAUAUGCCAACCUUGUCACUGGACCCUGUUGGUAAAAUUGUCUGGGCUGGUGGUAAGAACGCCUCAGUUUCGGACAUUUUUACUGCGGUAAUUAGAGGUAAUGAAGACGUUGAGCAAGAUGAGCCAUUACCACUCCAAACCAAGGAACUAGGCUCUGUAGAUGUUUUCCCUCAAAUCUUAAAGCAUUCUCCAAAUGGUAGAUUUGUAACAGUUGUUGGUGAUGGUGAGUUUAUUAUUUAUACUGCUCUAGCAUGGAGAAAUAAGGCCUUUGGUAAAUGUCAAGACUUCGUUUGGGGCCCUGAUUCCAACAGUUAUGCUCUGAUUGACGAAACUGGUCAAGUAAAAUACUUUAAGAAUUUCAAGGAGGUCACAUCAUGGUCUAUCCCUGUCUCUUAUGGUGUUGAUAAACUAUUCUCUGGUGCUUUAUUGGGUGCUAAAUACGAUGGAUUCACUUAUUUCUUUGACUGGGAAACUGGUAGCUUGGUUAGAAGAAUCGAUGUUGACUCUAAAGAUGUCAUCUGGUCUGACAACGGCGAGCUGUUGAUGAUCUUGAACAAGGAUAGUGAACAAAACGAAGGAAGUAGUGGAUAUUCCUUGAUAUUUAACAAGGAUAUUUACUAUGAAGUGAGCCAACAAGGUGAAGUUGAUGAGACAGAAGGUGUAGAUGAAGCGUUUGAUGUGCUACAUGAACUUAACGAGACUGUCACUUCUGGUAAGUGGGUCGGUGAUGUUUUCAUUUACACAACAUCCUCUAAUCGUCUGAACUACUUUGUUGGUGGUAAGGUUCACAACUUAGCACAUUAUACUAAAGAAAUGUACAUCCUUGGCUAUCUACCUCGUGAUAACAAGAUCUAUUUGGUAGACAAGGAAAUCCAUGUGUAUGGCCAUCAAUUAUCAAUCGAAGUUCUUGAGUUCCAAACUCUGACUUUGAGAGGUGAACUUCAGGAAGCUAUGGAAUCGAUCUUGCCUAAUAUUACCGAAAAGGAUGCAUUAAACAAGAUUGCUAGAUUUUUGGAAGGCCAAGAAUACUACGAUGAGGCUCUGCAAAUUGCUACUGAUAAGGACCAGAAGUUCGAUCUGGCAUUAAAGGUGGGCCAACUGGAUUAUGCUCAUAGUGUUCUAACAGAAGAUGCUAGUGAACUAAAAUGGAGAUCCUUAGGUGAUGCUGCAUUACAGAAGUUCCAUUUCAAGUAUGCCAUCGAAGCUUAUGAAAAGUCUCAUGACUUAGACUCUUUGUUCUUAUUAUAUUCAUCAUUCAAUUUGAAAGAUAAAUUGUCAGAGUUGGCUGUUCAAGCUGAAGAACAACAGAAAUACAAUUUAGCAUUUGAUGCAUACUGGACAUUAGGCGAUAUCAAGAGUAUUAAAAACUUACUAAUAAAAUCAGACAGACUAUCUGAAGCUGCCAUUGUAUCUUACACAUAUGGUCUAAAUGAUGAUGAAGUUUUAGAUGUUAUAAAGCAAUGGAGAGAGAAACUAGUACUAGAUAAGGGUAACGACAAGUUAGCUGCCAGAAUAGGUGAUCUUGAUAACAAUCUUCCACCUAGAAAUAUAAAUUCUGCUCCCCUUCUAGAUCUAGAUGAAAAGGAAAAUACGGAGAAGCCUCAAGAACCAAAGAAAACUAAAAAGAAUAAAAAUAAGAAAGCAAACAAGGCUGAAAAUACCAAGGAGACACCAUUUGAUGAUAAAUUAGAGACCAAGCCUAGUGAAGCAGCUACUAAAGUUGAAAUGAAGGAGGAAAAGCCAAUAGACACUGUGACAGCUGAAGUAGUGGAAGAAGAAACGGACGAAAAGGAAGACGCUUAA